GCGUCUGUUAGCUCGCCAGUGUUCCUAACAAGGCUUAUGCUUUAAGCGAUGUCGUGAAGUAGCCAUCUCAUUGAGUGGUAACACUCUGGCAGUCUCAGGGAAAUCAAGCUGUCCUCUAAUGUUUAUAGCUCUUUGCAUGUGAAUAUCAUCAUCAUCAUGGAUUCGGAGAAUUGAACAUGGGAAAUGAGAUGGGCAACAGCAACGUAUCAGGGCUGCAAGAAGAAAAAAGGACGGCGGAAACUGCCGAAAAUUCUUUGCAAGAAGCUGGUUUUGCAGACAAUGUAAAAGAAGAAAAUCAUAUAGUUCCUGCAGUUGAAGACAAAGAUUUUCAUGAAAAAGUUCCAGGGUUGGCAUCUGAUGAAGGAAAUCAAAUAGUUCCUGCUGUUGAAGACACAAAUUUUCAUGAAAAAAUUACAGGGUUGGCAUCUGGUGAAGGAAAUCAAAUAGUUCCUGCUGUUGAAGACACAAAUUUUCAUGAAAAAAUUACAGGGUUGGCAUCUGGUGAAGGAAAUCAAAUAGUUCCUGCUGUUGAAGACACAAAUUUUCAUGAAAAAAUUACAGGGUUGGCAUCUGGUGAAGGAAAUCAAAUAGUUCCUGCUGUUGAAGACACAAAUUUUCAUGAAAAAGUUGCAGCGUUGACAUCUGGUGAAAGAAAUCAAAUAGUUCCUGCAGUUGAAGACACAAAUUUUCAUGAAAAGGUUACAGGGUUGGCAUCUGGUGAAGGAAAUCAAAUAGUUCAUGCAGUUGAAGACACAAAUUUUCAUGAAAAAAUUACAGGGUUGGCAUCUGGUGAAGGAAAUCAAAUUCCUGCAGUUGAAGACAUGAAUUUUCAUGAAAAAGUUACAGGGUUGUCAUCUGAUGAAGGAAAUCAAACAGGUCCUGCAAUUGAAGAUAAAGAUGUUCAUGAAAAAGUUACAUGGUUGGUAUCUGAUGAUCAACAUGAAGCUGGAGAUCCUUGCAUUGAUCAUCAGACAUCAGAUGGAAUAGAGCAAGAUGACUCUAAGAUUCAGCCUCCUCCUGGAUCUCCACAAGUUGUCAUACAAUCAAAACAUGCGAAUACAGAUAGCAGAAUCCAGCCAGCUUCUCUGUCUGCAGAUGACGAGAAUGAUGAAACACAGAUUGAGUCAAAUGUGGAAGAUAAACUGUUGGAAACAAGUGAGAAGCAAAUUGAAGGGCAGACUUCAAGUGAAAAAGAGAGAGAAGAGACAAGAAGUUCAAGUUGUACCAAUUCUGCACCAAACAGUCCAGAACAUCUAGGAUAUGUAGAACCAGAUUUUGAUCAACAUGAAUUGGAUAAAAUUCAUGCUGACCCAUCCAUUGAGAACCACAGCGAGACAAUGCAAGGGAGCAAGGAAAUUCUAGGAGUGAGUUUAUCCUGUGACAGUGGGGAGAAGGGUCAGUCAGAUGCUGAAAUAGCACACACUCUAGCUGAAAGUGUUGGAUCUGAUACCAAUCCAGCAAUAGGAAAGAGAAGGGAAGAAAUGGCCUCUACAGAAGAGCAAGUGUCUGAUACAAGCAUACUUGAAGAGAAGGCUGAAAUUCGAGAUGGAGAUGAGGUCCCCAAUGGCUUGAGCAAAACCUCAAGUGGUUCAGGGAACAACAGUGAUGAGGGGUUACCCAUGGAGAUGAAUUUAAUUAGGAAUGGUUCCUUGGAUAUACAGCAAGAAGCCAUGGGGAACAAAGGUGAUGGAGGGUUACCUGUGGAGAUGAAUUUAAUUCAGAACGGUUCCUCGGAUUUACAGUCAGAGGCCAUCCCACUGACUGAUUCACUGGACUCUUUUCAGGAAGUUGCAAAGCCUGAAGAUAAGUGUGUGGUUCUUACUGAGGACACAAAAUUGAUUGGGCUUGGAUUAGAAAAUAAAGACGACAUGCCUGAUCUUUGCCCAACUCAGUUUUGUGAGGAGUUGCUGAAUGAAUCUAAAACUAACAAGUCAGACUCUUCUCAUUCUGAUCAGGAGAACGAUGGAAAGGAGGGCGUUAUGGAUACUUCUUGCAAUUCUGCAGUGGACAAGGACUUCCAAGUUGAGGAGGCAAAGCUGCUCGAGAAUGCUUACAAAGUUCAUUUAUGUGAUAGCAGCCCAAAUUCAACCUUGGAGGAACUCUGCAAGAAUCCAGAAGAAGGAACUGCCAAGCUCUCUAAAAUAGAUACUGUUUCAACAGAAUUCUUUGUCACUGACUUCAACCAUGAAGGAGAGGAGCCAACAGAGAAGAACAUGGUGGAAGAAAUACUGGAGAAAGCAGAAUAUUCAUAUGCAGUGGGAAAUGAUAUAGAAGAAAGAAAAACAACAGAAGUGAGUGAUUUCCAAUCACAUCCAAUUGACGAAGCAGGAAGUUUGCUUCCACCACCUCCAGCAGCAUUCCCUCUGCAGUCUCAAGAGCACGAACCAGCCACAGUCAUGGGGUAUGAGAGUUUAGAGAGCAGUGACCAUUCUUCAUUGGAGCUCCAACAACAUGGUAGUGGUGAGUUCUCCCUUAUCAAAGCUUCCAAUUUGGAUGCCUCAGACUUGACUACGGAAACUUUAGUCUUUGCAGUUGAAUUGACAAAUAAGAAACCUGGCCAAGAGCUUCCACAGAGUCCCAAAACAACUUCAAUGGCAGUUGCACAAUUCGAAACAGCAGGCCAGUCCAAUGUACAAUUUGGGAAAGAUGAAACACCCGCAUUCCCAAGUGGUGGUUAUGAAGCACAAGAAGGUGUGGGGAGGGUCAGCACUGAAUCAAGCCCUGAAAGCUCGGCCAUUCAAGCUGGGAUACGAAAAUCUCCAAGUUUCCAUUUUGAGCUCCUAGCUGAAGGUAGCACUGAAGAAUCUGAUCAAACUCCUCUACUGUAUCACGAUAAGACUGUAACUGGAACCUUAUCAAGGGGGGUUGAUGUUAAUUUUAGAAAUCCAGUUGGAGAAUAUGGUCCAGACUCGGUACAGUAUCAGGCCAUGCCAGUGGAAGAGGAUUCAUUAAAGUUGGAGAAAAGUGACUCUGAGAAGUCAAGGACUCCAUUUCUAAGCUUCUUGAAAGAAGAGGAAGAAGCCUGUUUGGUUGUUUCACAGCAAAACCAAGCUACUGUUGUUGCUGAAAAGAAGGCAGCCGAGGAAGUCUGGAAUUCAACAUCUCCCAAAAGAAGAACGAAGCGCAGGUCCAGGUCUUCCCUCUUCAGCAACUGCAUAUGUUGUGCUACUGCAAUUAGUUAAACAUAUUAUGAUACUACUAAUUUCCCAAGUUUCAUUUCUUCUUGUUUUGGUUGGAUUUUCUCUCUAAUUUUAAGUUUUCUGAAA